UUAGACCAGUCAGAUAUCACUUGAGUGUUUCAGAGUCGCAACGUGGUUAAGUAGAGUUAGGCGCAAUAGUUCUCUUGGAAGUUCAAACACUAAUCUCGUCAACUGAAGGAGUCGGACGCGGGGACGGUGUUAAGAUCGAGCUCCAACGUAGUCACCAUCCACCCAUCCGACGCCUCUUGAUCGGCGACCCAGAUAUCAACAUGGCGGCAGCGCAAAACUUUCCCCGGAGUAAGAAAAGCCCCGCAUGCAGAAGUGAAAAGGGAGCAACCUCGACUCCUGGAAGAAGCCAAAAUAAAGAACACACAUUUCAGGAACCUAUGGACAUAGCGGAUCGGUCGACGCCUGGAAGUGCUAAUCUAACUUUCCGAAAAGACUCUGAAGACUCCAUGAGUUGUUCGUCGGACAUAUCGGUGGUGUGUGGCCUCUCGGACACCUCGUCGUCGUCUCUUCUGCACAGCACAAGGAAGAGAACUAAAAAAUUCACGACAUUUGAGCCGUUUAGCUUUGAUUCCAGAGAACAUAAGAAACUAUUGGAGAAACAAGAUAAAAGUAAAGAGGUCGUGAAGAAAGAAGAGAUUCCCAAAUUCCGUGCUCGGCCGAUGCCAAAAUAUCCCUUUACAAGAAGAGCUAGUUCGCCUGCGAGGAGAAAGGUAUGUGAAGAAUGAAGCGGUUAUAGAUUUGGCAAAAUUUAACGGCACAAGACCACAGAAGCCUUCAACUGUUUCAACUCUCUACCGCCAGGUCAUCAUAAGAGAGAGAAUUGCCAAUUUGGCCUUCGGAAAUCGUCAGUUCAGUUUCCGAAAAUUUAAUUUGUUAAAUUGGUUAAUGGUUUUUAAAGAAUUUAUGCAGAUUGGUCCUCAAUGUUUUGGGCUCUUUUCGUUGACAAGUUUCGAAUAAUUUAGCCAAAUAGGCUGAAACAUUUGUAAUUUUAAUACAUUAAAACUAAAGGUUCAAAGAUUUUUUAAAGUUUUAGUUUCUGGCAUAAAUAGGUAUUCAGAAUUGAAGUUUUAUUCCAUAAUGUUUGACUUCUUAUUUAUAAGUGCUAAAUAUACUGAAAUUAUUCUUUAAGCUUGGAACAGUACCUCAAAAUUUUAAAUUGGCAGUUUGUGUAUCCUAAUAAACAUUGUCAUAAGUUUUAAAAAAAAAUGACAUGGAUGUUGUACAAGGUGAACAUUGAUUUUUUAUUACUAAAUAUGUACGUUAUAUUGCAAAGGGUAAAGUACAGAAAAUUAAAUGUUGAAGUGAUUUUAUUCCAAAUUUCACUCUUUAAUGUGAUUAAAUUUUAAAUUCUUA